CGUAUUCAUGUGGAUUUGACUUCAUUGUUUUGCUCAUGAUCAUUUAACAACUUGUUUGGUUGUUGGAUUAGUUCGUUCGGUGUUCGGUUCGUUUCAGCCAUCUUUAUCAAUUAAAAUAAUCGGUGAACGGUGGCUGGUGUAGCGUUUUUCAUUAACAUUGAGAUACAGUUAUUUAAAAUUAUAUUUGUAGUAAAUCCCCUACCUAGAUAACUACAAAAGAAAUAGGUAAAUUAUGAAACAUAAAAUGCAAAUUUUGUCAUGUUCCCAAUGAUGUCCCUCACGUAAUUUUGAAUGCAAGAUAUAUAUGGAAAAAACAAUGUUACUUUGUUUCACAAAGCAUCUAAACUGAACAUUUCCAAUUUGUAAUGGAUAUUUUAAUAGUGAAGAUCAGUCCUACAGAUGUAAUUUUUUUCAACACCUACACUUAAAUCAGAUUCAUACUUAUUAUAAAUUAAGUGGGAUUAGAGGUUAGGUGUUUGAUCAACAGCCAACAGACUUUUAUGUAUAUGUUCAAAACUGAAAAGAAAGAGAAAAGGCUUGUUAAACAUGGAAAGUGCUUUUGAUAAUGUGCUUCUGAAUGCUUCAGAAUUCAUUCAAGGCCGCCUUUUCUUUGUGUCCCUAAAUACCAGCAUCAAACCAAAAUCCACACCAACUGUCCAUUACUUUUCAAUUGACAAUGAGCUUAGCUAUGACAGUUUUUACUUGGAUUUUGGCCCUCUCAACUUGGCUAUGCUUUACCAUUAUUCAGUCCAGCUAAAAAGGAAGCUUAGUAAUCCUGCAUUUGCCAAGAAAAAAAUUGUACAUUGCACUGGGCCUGACGUUCAAAAAAGGGUUAAUGCUGCUUUUUUGAUUGGAGCAUAUUCAGUAAUUUAUCUGGAUUUAGAUCCACUAGAGGCCUAUGAAAUUCUGAAUCAAGGCUCCCAACGUGACUAUACGGAAUUCCGUGAUGCGUCUGUUGGAGAUGCUUACACACUCUCUUUAUUGGAGUGCCUAAAAGCCAUUGAAAAAGCGUCUUUCUUUGGUUUUUUUAAUUUUGCCAAUUUCGAUUUUCUAGAAUAUGAGCACUAUGAACGUGUUGAAAAUGGCGAUUUCAAUUGGAUCCUCCCUAAUAAAUUCCUGGCUUUUUGCGGACCACAAAGUCGUACCAAAGUGUCUAACUUUGGGUAUCCCGUUCAUUCUCCAGAAACUUAUUUUUCUUACUUCAGAAGGCAUAAAGUCACCACAAUAAUAAGAUUAAACAAAAAAGCAUAUGACGCUACUAAAUUCACUCAAGCUGGGUUUGACCACAGAGAUUUAUAUUUUGUUGAUGGGGGAACCCCCAGUGAUAAAAUAUUACAAGACUUUAUGACAAUAUGUGAGAAUGCUAAAGGAGCAAUUGCUGUUCAUUGCAAAGCUGGCCUUGGGAGAACUGGCUCAUUAAUAGCUUGUUACAUAAUGAAGCAUUGGAGAUUUACGGCUGAAGAAUGCAUUGCUUGGAUUCGCAUAUGUCGGCCGGGAUCAAUUAUUGGACAUCAACAAACUUGGCUUAAAGAGAAACAAGCGCAAUUAUGGGAGCAAGGCGAUAUGUAUCGCAAAAAAUACGGAGUAGUACCAAUAACAUUUUCGAAAGGUAUCUAUAGUCUCACAGAUGUGAAUCAAAAAAAGUCCCAAGACAAUGUUACGAGAAUUGUGAAAAAGGUUGACUGCAUGGAAAUUAACGAUCCGCAUGAUACUCCCAGUUUUGAAGAACCAAAAGAAACUCAAGGUGAUAAACUCAAUGAAAUUAAGGCCCAAAGAAGCAGGAAUAAGACCGUCAAUGCUGUUACUGCACCCCUCGAAAGAGAAAAAAUAAGAAGGGUACACAUAACUACAACCACAGUGACAACCAACAACACAACAGUCCUUAGAGGAAAAGUGGUUAACUCUCCAGUAAGAAUUACUGGUUCAAGUAGUAGUCGUGUUACGACCAAAAGAAACGAAGCCAAAGAAACCCCUCCAAGAAAGUUGGCCUCUACAAGAAAGUUGGCAACACCCAUCAUGGCAUCCAACAAUAAAUCACAACUGAAUGAUAGACACCUUCUUAAAACAACCAUGGCAUAUAAAAAUGGACAUAGAGUCAAAAUCGAAGAAAACCCCAGCAUAAAACGUUCUAAGAGGGCCUUAGUAUUUGAAAAAGAUAAAUCUGUGAGUCCGAGGUCUGUUAAGGUAUUGCGCCGAUCUCAUGCAAUGGGUGUUGCUCCUAAAAACGAAAAUUGUGAUAAAACUGAAACAGAUAAAUUAUGUUUACCUUUAGUGAAACUAAGUAAAACCAUCUAACAUCUAGAAGGUAGCGUUAUGUGUAUAUGUAUCAAGUAUACAUAAAAUGCACGCGCAUUUCUAUGAAGCAUGUUCUAGCCAAAAAAAAUUUGUAUAUUUUUUGGUUAUACAUUUCAAAAAUGCCUUGCUCCUUGAAGGUUACUAUUGCCCCGUAGUUCUCGCCAAAAUAUUUAAUUCAUCUGUAAAUUUUGCGAAACAGAUGCCAUAAUGAUUGUACCUGUUGGUUCAUUUGAAAUAAUCUGCCACAAGCGCCUUGCCUAACAUAGCAAAAUUUAGCCUAGAGGAAGGCAUUUUAUGCAGUUCUAGCCCUAUUUUUUUUGCUGCUUUAUACAAUUUUGAGGACUAAAAUUGGGCCUGCUUGAGCUUUUUUCAAAUAGUUCACCCUGUAUAAAAAAAUUAGUGACCAGAGAUUUUAUUAAACAAGAUGUAAUUUUUUGAAAUUAGAUGUACAUAGAGCUUUUUUGAAUCGCAUGUAAUCUAACUAGUUUAUCAAUUAUUGAAAACUAUUACGAUAGUUGAUCCUGCUGAAAGUCGAACAAUGAUUGUACAUUUACUUGGUUCUGCUUGCAGGGCGCAAUAUUUUCCGAAACCUCAUACAUGGUGCUACAAAUUCGCAUGUCUGAGAGAAAGUAGAUUGAUUUAGUUAUGCUCUUUUGUAAACUUUACGUACCAACUCUUUAAAAAUCAAUUUAAUGCAAACUAAUAUUUUUUCUCUUUGCUGGACAUUAUUUCAAUGACAGUGGUAUAGUGGGUAUUCAAAGCCAUUUGUUUUUAAUAAAAAAUUGUUGAAAAUGCUAAAUGGUCAGAUUUGAAAUUUUACUCAUUUUUAUUAAAAUAUAGAAUUUUUUGCAGAGAAAAUUGAAACUUUAUACAAAAUACAGUUUUUUCUGGAUAUUUUUGGAACAGAAUGAAUAUUUUAAAAUGAAAAUCAACUUUUUAUUUGCGUUGUGUUCUAAUUGGUGGAAUAUGUGUAAUUGGAUAUUUGAGCUCAAGUUUGGCGUAAACAUUCUUGAAUGUAUGCAUCGUAUGCAUUAUAAGUUGCCUAGUUCUAAGUAAAUCAUAAUUUUCUAAAAGGAUUUUUUAGGGAGUAACCGUUUGUAACCAUGUUAUGAGCUAUGACUGUACAGUUAUAACCCUCACCACUAGUGUUCUGCUAAAAAUUCCCCCAACUAAUAAUUUUUUUUAUUAAACCUCUUUCUCACAAAAACGAACCGGUUAUAGAAAGCAAUUAUAAAAACGUAAAGUUAUAGAUAGGUUUUGUAAUAUUAUUUAUUUACUUUACCAUUCAUCUUUCCUUUGUAUUUUUGCAAUUAUAUUUUGUGUUUCAUGAAAUUUUUCAAAUAAAAACUAGCGAUGUCUUCUUUAGUCCUUAGUAAUGAUACUUUCAGAAGAUUUGGUUCAAGACUACAACCUUUUGCUGAAACACUUUUCCCAUUAUGAAAAUGUAUUUUUUUUAAUUAAGGAAAAUUCAUUCGAGGCAAACAGUGGACCACAAAAUUUGGAUUAACAAAUACCACGAAACAGUGUUUUUCCAAUUUCAAUUAUCCUUUAACCUCCAGUAACCCAGGUGCCAACAUGUGUUACUGAACUUUUUACAGUUUUAUAAAUGCGUGACGACAUUGAUUUUUCCUAAUGACAUCAUGACAACUUUCCCUAUUACCGGUGCCUUGCCAAAAUUUCAAAGGUCGGAGAUUUGCAGUUACCGUUUAUAACACGGUUACAAACGGUUAGUCGCUAAAAAAUCCUUAUAAAAAAAACUGGAAAUUUCGAAAAGGAAAAUAAGUGGAGCCAAGAUUAUCAAUCAAAAAAUAAUAUAUGCCAAAUUUUGCCCCCAACCUUGUUUCUCUUACUUUGUUUUAUAACCUCCCUUUUAAAGAAUUGAAUUUGUGGCACCCUGUAGGUAUUGUAUGCGUACCUACAUGAUUUAAUGAUGUUUAUUAUUUAUAAUAAAUUUAUUAGCUACUGAAAUGUUAUUAUUGUUAUAUCUCAAAGCUUAUAAUUUAACAUAAGUAUGUACAUUAUUAUCUGAAGAAGUUUAUUCAGAACUAUUAAGUUUUCUAAUUGUAUAGUUAAGUAACUUUUGUACACAUGAAAUGAUGUGUAAUAUUUAUUUUAGGAAUAAGUUUGCAUUUCUAUUUAACAUAACAAAUUGCAGAAAAAUAUUUAACAGUUUUUUAUAGUGAGUCUUUUUUUUCGAUUUUUUUCAACUAUUGAGUUUUAAAACUUUUUUUUUCUUUUAUAAAAAUUAAAUUUUUAAGGAAUGAAGGCUUUCACGGCCGGUCAAAUCUGGUAAAAAAGUUUUUUCCGGGCUACUGCUGCGGUAGACAUCUUCAGAGGCGAUGUGGUAGCGGACGAAGUGUUCUCUUCCGUGUUCCUCCGAUGACUGGAUUCGACGUUGUUGGACCUGCGUUAUUUAUAUCCAGGGUUGUGGGGGGUGGCUUGUAUUACCCUAUUUUCCUUUUCUCAUUCUUGGAAAGGAAGGGUCUUUGUUUUGCGGAGAGCUGGCAACCAGCUUUUGUUAAGGUUCAUGUCCUCUUCUUUUCUGUUGAAGUUGUUGUGAUGUUUCUGAAUCUCUAUGGUUUCUCUGCGGAGUCUGGUGUAAAAAUGUUUGGUUUUAUCCAAUGCUUGACUCUGGUCCAAAAUGAAUGACAUGGUUUGUUUGUGUUAACACGUGUUCGGCAAUUGCUGAUGGAACCAAACAUUUUUUCACCAGACUCCACAGAGAAGCCAUAGAGAUUCAGAAACAUCACAACAACUCCAACAGAAAAGAAGAGGGCAUGAACCUUAACAAAAGCUGGUUGUCAGUUCUCUGAAAAACAAAGACUUUUCCUUUCCGAGAACGAGACAAGGAAAAUAGCGUAAUACAAGCCACGCCCACAACUCUGGAUAUAAAUAACGCAGGUCCAACAACGUCUAAUCCAGUCAUCGGAGGAACAUGGAAGAGAGCACUUCGUUCGCUACCUGACUGCCUCUGAUAAUGUCUACCGCAGCAGUAGACGAAACGUAUAGCCCGGAAAAAACUUUUUUUACUAAAUUUACUUUUUGUCGUAAUAUUAAGGUUGUCAAGCUCAUGGCAAUCUUAAUAACUAAUUUUAGAGUAACUAUAGACUGCUCAUAUAACAUCUAAUUUUACAUGUUUUUUUUUUUUAAAUAUAUUUGCUUUUAUGUAGUUAUGUAUUUAUUAUAAUUUUGAUGCUGCUAGAGUUCACAAAUAUUUUUGCUCUGAACAUUUUCCCACAAAGUUGAUAGUUUUUGAGAUAUUAGGAAAAAAUAUUUCGAACAAUUUUAAUUUUUUCCCAAUAUCUUAAAAAUCAAAAAUUAUUUGGCAACACUGUAUGUCAGGAGUUGCCAGUAAAAAUAAUUGCAAAUUUUUUCUAAUAUAUUGGACCUCAUAUUCCUUACCGUUUUUGAGAUAGCAAUUGUGGGGUAUGGUAUUUUGGAAAUUGUAUACCUUAUCAAUAUACAUUUACGACUAUUUGUGUUCAGAUAAAUGUAAACACGUGAAUCAGAAUCUUCAGGCUUUUGAUUUUUAUCUGUAAAACUUUUUGCUACCUGAUCACUUUGAUUUGCAGCGUUACUAUGUACUUCAACUUGUUCAAUAGAUAUUUUGCCUGUUCCAUCUUCAAAGCCACUGACGCUUCUAAUUAAUUAUAAUUUCUUAACAGUGAAACUGGAAUAUGAACCAAACAGUUUCGUAUUGAAAAAAAAAAAAUAACCUGAAGAUGAUUCUGAACCAUGUGAUCUGGAUGCAGCUUUUGAUCAACAGAAUAACAAAUACUUGAGCAAAUUUGAUGCCAAAUGAAAACCAGCACUUGACGCUCCCACUAUCAAAAAAGAAAUCGAGAAUGCAAAGUUUGUUCCCAGCAGAAAACCUGCUAGAUCUGAAUCGCACCAUUAUAGAGCUGGGAAAAACUUUUUCCGACGAACUGACUCAUGUUAGCCUGGUUGAUGAUAUAACACCUACCAAAAAAGCAACAACAUGGUAUUUUAGAUAUAUCCGUUAGAUCCUUGGGAAAGAAGAAGGUUCUUACAAAACGACAGCACAGACGUAGAGGAUUUUAUAUAGAUCGCAUCAUUAUAGCUGAAGAAAUAAUAUUCUCUGAUGGUGCAGGUGAUUUGUGAAAGAUAAAACUAUCUAAAAAAACCAUACCUACGCGCUAUCGUCUGUCUCACUUUGAAAUGGGAGGGACCUAGAGAAAAAUGCCUUUUUCGCCAGUCUGUCAAUGGCUUUUUCUUAGUUGAUUUCAUCUAUGUGUAUAGUAAACUUUUUUGUAUGGCCUAUUUUUUGUUAGAUAAGCUUUUUAUUUUUUUCUUUUGGGCCUUCAGUUACAAUGUAUAUUUUGCUUAAAAAACGAAUUGAAAAUUUUAGUGACCACAUUUUGGUACAUACCUAGUGACACAAAUAAAAAAAUUUGUUCAGCUCUAACCUGGCCAUUGGCCAGGACUAUUAUCAUUGCUAGUCUAUAUAGUGUUAGCAGCUAAAACAGUUAAAUUCAUUUUGCUUUGCAUUGAUGUGUUUUUUGUUCUUUUUAAAAAUAAUACUAUAUACACACAAAAUGUGAAUAAAUGUAGCUUUUGAAUAAACAUAACGUAAUAUUUAAGUCAAAUUAAAACCAGAUGGGUGUGCUAAAACAAAGUAUGUUAGUUUUUUCUUUUAAAAAACAGGAAAAUAAUUUAUCUCAGAUUACUGUUGCGCAAAGCCAAACUGUUAAAUUUCACAUAUUUUCAUAAAAAAAUUAUUUCGCAUUCAUUUUUGUUUAGAGUCUUGACCCAAGUGCACCAGUAAAUUCAUGCUGGCCAAGAUAUACUUUUUAUCCUUGAAACACAAUGUGUGUUAAUGGUACGCAUCACCUAGAACUAACUGUAUCCUUUCCAAUACAUCUUAACACAGUGUUUUCAAAAAUAGGCAGAUGGACUGGAACAUGUUAAGUUCGGUAGGACCAUUGAAACCAACUCCCAGACACCCCAAAUUGGGUUGAGUUGAUUAAAAUUUGCUUCAUAGCUUCGACUUCCCUUUGAACUAGCACCAGCAUCAAUCGUUUAGCAAACAGACGAGACUUGUCUUUUGGAUGAACUAUACCAAAAUUUAAAAUUUUGGAAACAGUUAAAAAAAUUCGAAUAUUUUUUUUAUAAAAAUAAAUAUGCAGUAUUCUACUUUUGUAAUUUACAGAUACUAGUAUUAGGUCUAAUUGACUUUAUAGACAUUUCACUCUUUAUUUAUUUAAUAAAAUGACUAAAAUGAUUUAAGAAUAGUGAUCAAUAAACAUAAUUAAGACUUUUGAAAAAGAUAUUUAUGUUAGUUGAGGUUAAGUUUGGAAAUGUAUUUUUAUAGGUAUUAAGUAGGUAAUUACAGCUCAAAAUUUUGUAUACCUUAGUGAAUUUUUCUAAUUGACCUUUUAAAAAACUGGAUGUCCACAAGCUAGAUGUAAACACCCAUAAUUCAUAAUUUAUCCCAACUUAAUAAAUUUAUACAUAUAUAUGUAUACCAAUCUCUUAAAAUUGUUAUGAAUAAAAGUUGUUACCCUGUGGGUGAAGAUACAAAAAGCAUAAAACACCCUUUAUUUAGUUUGCAAAUAAAACUGAAACAUUUUUAUACAUUCUAUAGCGUUUGCCAAGAAUGGUCAAUUAUCUUAUAAGAAUUAAAAUAAAUAAUAUAAAGGCAUGCACCUGUGUGCUUCAAUAACCUCACCAAUAUAAUAUUUAGGAAGGUGCGGAUAAUUAAGAUCUAUUCCAUGUUGUUGUUUUUAUAUAUAUUUAUCGACUGUAAUCUUCAGUUUAAUCUCAUAUGUUGGCACCUUUU